UUUGUAUCAUCUUCUUCUGCCCUCAUAUUGAAAAUUUAAUCUCUGCAUCCAUUAAUUUUCUUGAGAAAUUCAUCUUCAAGAAAAAAUUCAACAAUGGAGGCAAUGAAGAUGAGACUAUUUGUGGCCGUUAUGGUUGUUCUUAUGGCCGUUCAAAAUGUGGCAGCUCAGGUUGAAGCUCCGGCUCCUUCCCCUGUGUCCGACGCCGCCUUGUUCGUACCGGCCGUCUUCGCUUCUUUUGCUGCUUUGUUUUUCGGCCUUCUAUUCUAAUUUGGAUUUUUUUUUAAAUUUAAGUGUGGGUACAUUCUUUUGAGUUCUUGACCUUUAGGAUGCUAUUUCUUGUCCUGAUGAUUUAAGGGUUUGGCUCUGUUUUGAUAGAGCAUUUUUUUAUUUAUGUAUACAAGAGAUGUAAUUGUGAAGAGAAGGAAGAUCUUAGGGACUUUUGAUUGGUCUUUUUGAUUUUCUUGAUCUUUAUUUGUACAAUUGAUGUGAUUCUUUGUUGUAUUUUUUGUACAAUUAAUGUGAUUUGUUUCUGAGUA